AUGUUGCUCCACCGGCUGGCCUGGGCUCUGCCUGCCGCUGCGGUCUGCAUCCUGCUGCUCCACGGCCUCCUGCUGAAUCAACGUCAGCUGGUGGCAGGAAGCUGUGAGAUUGUGACUCUGGAUCGAGACAGCAGCCAGCCCAGGAUGACUGUUGCCCAUCAGACAGCCCGUUGUGCUUGCCAUAAAGGACAGAUCGCUGGGAUGACACGAACCAAACCUGCCUGUGUUGAUGUUCAAAUCAUCAGGAAUCACCAAUGGUGUGAGAUGGCUCCAUGUUUGGAUGAUGAGGCUUGUAACCUUCUGGACAAUCAGUCCGGCUGGACCUGUACACAACCAGGAGGCCGGAUUAAGACCACCAUGGUUUCCUGACAGAUGACAAAGAAGAAAGAUUCCUGCUUUGAUUUGCUUACCAUGACAAGAAACUGGUGAAAGAUGAGAAGAAUUCAUGCAAGACCAACCGUGAGAAACCUUAAAAGCCUAAAGGACCGC